GCGCUAAGAAAAAAACUUUAUCGUUUGAAAGUAGUUAGCAGCACCUGGACACCACGCUCCUCUUCUCUCCAGGCGGUGAGCGUGUACAGGGGACCUCCUCAUCGUAGGACACUUUGGGACUGAAAGAUGUCAGCUCAGAUCAUAAGCGGGAAAGAGGUUUCGGCGCAGGUGAGGCAGCGCCUGAAGAAGGAUGUGGAGCAGAUGAAACUGCAGGAUCCCAACUUCAGACCCGGUCUAGUGGUUUUACAGGUUGGAGACCGCGAUGAUUCAAAUCUGUACAUCAGCAUGAAGCUUAAAGCAGCAGCAGAGAUUGGGAUUAAUGCAACUCAUAUGAGACUUCCCAAGACUGCGACCGAGGAGGAGGUUCUUCACAGCAUCACUGAGGUGAACGAGAACUCGUCCAUUCAUGGCCUCAUCGUGCAGCUGCCGUUGGACUCCAUUCACAAGAUCGACACAGAGAAGGUCACCAACGCCGUGGCUCCGGAAAAAGAUGUAGAUGGACUGACCAGCAUAAAUGCAGGGAAGCUGUCUCGUGGGGACCUGGGAGACUGCUUCAUCCCCUGCACACCAAACGGUUGCAUGGAGCUGAUCCGACAGACUGGUGUGUCUGUAGCGGGGAAGAGAGCGGUAGUGAUUGGUCGCAGUAAGAUUGUUGGCGCACCGAUGCAUGAUCUGCUGCUGUGGAACCAUGCCACCGUCACCACCUGUCACUCUAAAACUGCUGACCUAGCUGGAGAGGUGGGUAAAGCAGACAUCCUGGUUGUGGGUAUCGGGAAAGCGGAGAUGGUGAAAGGAGAGUGGAUCAAGAAGGGAGCAGUGGUCAUUGACUGUGGCAUAAACUACAUUCUAGAUGAGACUAGACCCAGCGGAAAGCGAGUGGUGGGUGAUGUCGAUUACGCCUCAGCCAAGGAGCAGGCUGGCUUCAUCACCCCUGUUCCUGGUGGUGUGGGACCCAUGACUGUGGCCAUGCUGAUGGCGAACACCGUGCUUAGUGCGAAGCGUUUCCUGGAGAAACAUCAACCAGGGAAAUGGGACAUUUCUUACAUCAACCUCAACCUUCAGAAGCCUGUUCCAAGUGACAUAGUGAUUUCUCGCUCCUGCGUACCCAAGCCCAUCGAUCAGCUGGCCAGGGAGGUGGGCCUGCUCUCUGAUGAGGUGGAGCUCUAUGGCAAGACUAAGGCCAAGGUCCAGUUAAACAUUAUCAAGCGCCUUCAGUCUCAACCUGACGGCAAAUAUGUGGUGGUCACCGGUAUUACACCCACUCCUCUGGGUGAGGGUAAGAGCACCACCACCAUCGGCCUGGUCCAGGCCCUGGGUGCCCACAUGAAGCUCAAUGUGUUUGCUUGUGUUCGACAGCCUUCUCAGGGACCCACAUUUGGCAUUAAAGGUGGUGCUGCAGGUGGUGGAUAUUCUCAGGUCAUUCCAAUGGAAGAGUUUAACCUCCAUCUCACUGGAGACAUUCAUGCCAUCACAGCUGCCAACAACUUGGUGGCUGCUGCCAUCGAUGCCCGCAUGUUCCACGAGUCCACACAGUCCGAUAAGGCUCUGUAUAACCGAUUGGUCCCUCUCAGCGGAGGACAGAGGAAGUUUUCCCCCAUCCAGAUCAACAGACUCAAAAAACUGGGCAUAGAGAAGACCGAUCCUUCUACUCUCACUGAAGAAGAGAUCACCCGCUUCGCCCGCCUGGACAUUGAACCCACCUCUGUGACCUGGCAGAGAGUGUUGGAUACCAAUGAUCGAUUCCUGAGGAAGAUCACUAUUGGCCAGUCGCCAACUGAAAAAGGAUUCACAAGAGAGGCCCAGUUUGACAUCACUGUGGCCAGUGAAAUCAUGGCAGUGCUCGCACUCACCAGCAGCCUGGAGGACAUGCGUCUGCGUCUGGCCAAGAUGGUUGUAGCCACCAGCCGUAGCGGACAGCCUAUCACCACUGAGGACCUGGGUGUGAGUGGUGCUCUGGCUGUGCUAAUGAAAGAUGCCAUCAAGCCAAACCUGAUGCAGACUUUGGAGGGAACCCCUGUGUUUGUCCAUGCCGGCCCCUUUGCCAACAUCGCCCAUGGAAACUCCUCCAUCCUGGCUGAUAAAAUUGCUUUGAAGCUGGUUGGACCAGACGGGUUUGUAGUGACGGAGGCUGGUUUCGGUGCGGACAUUGGCAUGGAGAAGUUCUUCAAUAUCAAGUGCCGCUACUCAGGCCUGAGGCCCCAUGUGGUCGUGCUGGUGGCUACUGUCCGAGCCCUGAAGAUGCACGGGGGAGGACCAACGGUUACCGCCGGGAUGCCGUUACCUAAGGAAUAUGUGGAGGAGAAUCUCGAGCUUCUGAGGAACGGCUGCAGCAACAUGAGGAAGCAGAUAGAAAACGCAAAGCACUUUGGCGUUCCCGUGGUGGUGGCUGUCAACGGUUUUAAGACGGACACUGAGGCUGAGAUGGACUUGGUCUGCAGCGUGGCCAAAGCUGCCGGAGCUUUUGACGCUGUCCGAUGCUCCCACUGGGCUGAGGGCGGAGCCGGUGCCGUGGCCCUCGGUGAGGCCGUCCAGAGGGCCUCUGCGGCCCCCAGUGACUUCAAAUUCCUCUACGAUUUAGCGCUCCCCAUCGCUGAUAAGAUUCGGAUCAUCGCUCAGAAGAUCUACGGCGCAGACGACAUCGAGCUUCUACCCGAGGCCCAACGCAAGGUGGAGCUCUACACCAAGCAGGGUUUCGGCAGUCUUCCAAUUUGCAUGGCAAAGACCCACUUGUCGUUGUCUCAUGAGGCAGACAAGAAGGGUGUGCCCACCGGCUUCAUCGUGCCAAUCAGAGACAUCCGAGCCAGCGUGGGCGCGGGCUUCCUCUUCCCACUGGUUGGCACGAUGCCCACAAUCCCAGGUCUGCCUACUCGCCCCUGUUUCUAUGACAUCGACCUGGACCCCGAGACUGAGCAGGUCAACGGGCUCUUCUAAAAACAAAAGCAGCGUUCAUCUCUACCAAGAAGCUGACGUUCCAGUUCCUUUUAUGAUUACAAAAUGACAAAAUAAGUCUUAACAUGAAUUAUGUUUGUGUAUAAUUGUUGAGUAAUGUAAUUGCCUUUUGGAUGUUUUGUUUUACCUCUCCUGUUUUCUUUUUUUAAUUGAAUACGUCUGACACUGUCUUAACAUUAUUGGAGUAAUCCCCAUUUCUAUUAGAAACAAUGAAAUAAAGUUUGUCCUCGAAAAUCA